AAAAGCGGUGAACGGGCGGAGCUGCGUUUGGGUCUCUCCGUGGAUCCCCUCCUCCAUCUGAACGCGCCUGAGCGAACACUACUUCAACAUCAUAAAACUACUUUUACGCAGACGUGUAACGCUUGGAGCAGCGAGUCGCGGCGCUUUUUCAUUUUGGAACCUACAGACCUGGAAGGCUCGUAUGUUGGAGCACUUUCCUCGCGGCAGACGGGGAUUUGGCACUAUUCAAGUCCGUUCAGACUGGUUGAAUGACUGAUACACGUUGUUGAAGACACAAAUAUGGCAAACUGAGGAGGAAACAGAAGAGCUCGCCGAGUCACCUCUAUUUUACGGUCAGUUACAGAGGGUGUGAGUGGCCUCCCUCUUUUUCGCCCUGUGACCUCUGAAGAAAUUCUCUCCCUUCCUGAGGCCAGACCAUAAACCAUGGUGCUAGAGAAGCUACUGCACUUCGGAAAACAGCUGCUACGGGUGAAGGCGGUGAAUUCAAAUUCUGAGGACUCUCGUCUGUCUCGAUGCCUCAACACCUUCGACCUGGUAGCCCUGGGUGUGGGAAGCACAUUGGGUGCUGGCGUUUAUGUGCUUGCUGGUGCCGUUGCACGAGACAAUUCAGGACCUGCAAUCGUCCUAUCUUUCUUGAUAGCUGCCUCAGCCUCAGUAUUGGCAGGUCUUUGCUAUGCUGAGUUUGGAGCCCGUGUCCCCAAAACAGGCUCCGCUUAUCUUUACUCGUAUGUGACAGUAGGAGAACUCUGGGCCUUCAUCACUGGAUGGAACCUCAUACUCUCCUACGUUAUUGGUACCUCGAGCGUGGCUCGUGCAUGGAGUGCCACCUUUGAUGAGUUGGUAGGGAAACGCAUUGAGCAGUUCUGCAGAGAGUACAUGUCUAUGAAUGUACCAGGUGUACUGGCAGAAUACCCUGACAUGUUUGCUGUUCUCAUCAUAUUUACUCUUACAGGUCUUUUGGCAUUUGGAGUAAAAGAGUCAGCGAUGGUGAACAAGGUGUUUACCUGCAUCAAUGUUUUAGUGUUGUUAUUCAUGGUGGUCUCUGGCCUGGUCAAAGGCACUUUGAAAAACUGGCAGCUUGAUCCAGAGGAGAUCCUUCAUGUCAAUUAUACGAAUACCUCAAACCAAAAUCUGACUUACAUUCUGCCAUCCAAGGAGAGUCUAGGAGAGGGUGGCUUCAUGCCAUUUGGCUUCACAGGAGUGCUUUCAGGAGCGGCUACAUGUUUCUAUGCCUUCGUAGGCUUUGAUUGCAUCGCCACCACAGGCGAAGAGGUGAAAAACCCCCAGAGAGCCAUUCCUAUUGGGAUUGUCUCUUCGUUGCUGAUUUGUUUUGUCGCUUACUUUGGUGUUUCUGCCGCCCUCACCCUCAUGAUGCCGUACUAUCUUCUGGACAGCAACAGCCCUCUUCCUGUAGCUUUUAAGUAUGUGGGUUGGGGAGGAGCCAAAUACGCAGUAGCUGUAGGCUCCCUUUGUGCUCUAUCUACCAGCCUGCUGGGGGCUAUGUUCCCUAUACCCCGUGUUUUGUGGGCGAUGGCGGACGAUGGGCUGCUUUUCAAGUUCAUGGCUGAGAUCAGCCCCCGCACCAAAACCCCGCUAACUGCAACCUUUGCCUCUGGCACAGGGGCAGCAAUCAUGGCGUUUCUGUUUGACCUGAAGGACCUGGUGGACCUCAUGUCAAUAGGAACGCUUCUGGCCUAUACGUUAGUGGCCGCCUGUGUGCUGGUGCUAAGAUACCAACCUGAGAUGCACAGCCAUGUCUACCAGAUAGCUAAUUGCCAUGAUGAGGCAGAUUUAAGUGAUGGCGUAAGUGUGCCCAGUACCAGUAUGGGCAUCCUUCCUGGUGUCGAGGAGAGAUUCAGCUUCCAGACCCUGCUGUUUCCAAACAACCAUGAGCCAUCCAUGCUGUCGGGCUUCACUGUCAACAUCUGUACCUCUGUCCUAGGAUUGCUGAUCCUGACUUUCAGUGUACUGGCUGUGCAGGGAGGCUUUGCCUCAUGGAACAUGGUAGCCCUCAGUGUCAUCUUCAUGGUUUCUCUAGUUCUGGUUUUCAUCAUCUGGAGGCAGCCUGAGAGUAAAACAAAACUCUCCUUCAAGGUUCCCCUGCUGCCCUUUAUUCCAGUCGUAAGCAUGUUUGUCAAUGUCUAUCUGAUGAUGCAGCUGGACAGAGGAACAUGGGUCAGAUUUUCCAUCUGGAUGGCUAUAGGUUUAGUCAUCUACUUCUGCUAUGGCAUUCAUCACAGCUCUGAGGCUUCCUCAUCCCACUCUGCUCUGGUAACAGAAAUGAACGGUUUCAGUCUCGAUCAUGAAUUAGAAGCCAUGUCGUCAGAAAAAGAAGCUUUUCUCAAUGAUGGUAUUGAUGUCAGGGAAGAAAACAACGGGGAUUUGUAGGAGGCAGAACAUACAGCUCCAUGCUUACCUGUCCGGACUUCAGUCUGCCAUUGUAGGAGGGUUUUUGUCAGUCAACUCCUUCACUUCUCCUUUUUGGGGAAAUGUAUUUU